UGAUUCAGCCGCAUGAUCAUUUGAGAGCAGAUUGUGGCGAGUUAAGUGACUCCAGAGAAGAGCCACAUGGAUUUAUAGCGCAACAUUGAGCGACAGAUUACAGACGAGAUUUGGGCUGUGACACGCAUCGGAGAAGGGCCACAACAGAAAGAAUCUCUCGGCUUCUUCGAUAACCUGCUCGAGUGGUGCAGCGGACCGAUGGACACUUCAGAGCGAGGCUCCGCCCCCUUGUCCACACAGACGCUGUUCAGCUCCCAGCUUUCUCCUUCAGCUGAUCUGGCAGUGGGGGUCAUCCUCAUCCUCACAUGUAUUGCAUCAUUGCUGGGAAAUGGGAUGGUUCUGCUGGUCCACUGCAGGAAGAGGAAGAAGCUCAGACCACCAGAGCUCAUGACCAUCAACCUGGCCUUCUGUGAUUUUGGAUUCAUGGUGUUGGGAGCACCUUUCUUUAUCAUCUCCAGCCUAAGUCACGGAUGGGUGUUUGGAGAGACCGGCUGCAUCUGGUACGGCAUCCAGGGCUUCGUCUUCGGCAUCGGCUCGCUGCACACCACCUGCCUCAUCUCACUGGAUCGAUGCCUGAAGAUCUGCUGCCUCAGAUACGGUGAGUGUCCAGCAAACCUCCUCCAUGGUCUUGCUGAUGAUGUCCUCUGUGAAGGCCAGUGGCUGGAGCGGCGUCAUGUCUCUCUCUCGAUUGCUCUGGUCUGGAUUUGGACCAUACUGUGGGCGGUCCUUCCAGCAGUCGGUUUUGGAAGCUACGGACCAGAACCAUACGGUACCAGCUGCACCAUCAACUGGUGGCUGAUCAAAUCGUCUCAGAGUGACAGGAUUUACAUCUUGCUCAUCCUGGGGUUGUGUUUCGGGAUUCCCACUCUCACCAUCAUUGCUUCUUAUCUGUCCAUCUUGUUGACGGUGUCCAGAUCCAACCGCACCCUUUCGUCCAUACCGUCCACCACUGUCAGCCAUGCGAACAAAGACUUGAGGCUUGCAAAGAUGGCGGCGGUGGUGUGCAGCAGCUUCCUGCUGGCCUGGCUGCCUUACGCUGUCGUGUCGCUGAUGUCAGCGCUCAUGCCAAACCCUUCCAAGUCUGUUCAUGACAGCUCGGUGGACAGAGCCGACGGGUCUAGAUCCAGAAGCCCGCAGCAGUUCUCGUCCCUGCCCCCCUUGGUCACGCUGAUCCCGGCCAUGCUGGCCAAGUCCCACUGCAUGAUGAACCCUCUGAUCUACCAGAUUAUGAACAAGGAGUUCAGGGAUGACGUGUAUCUGAUGGUUUUUGGACCUGACAUGGCUGAGAAGCGACGACUUCAGAGCCACCGCAGGAGCUCCAGUGACCGAAGCACCGACCCGUCUCCCGGCCACAGUUUGAGGACGAAGAGGAGCAUAGCAGAGUCUUCGUUUGCUGACCGCCUGAGCUCCAAGAAGGACAAGAAGAGGGCGAGCAGCGAGAGUUUCACCUUCUCUGUGGAAACUAUAUCAGUGGAGUCUGAAUCUGUGGACACACAGAGGAACAUGGAGCAGCAGCGUGAGCAGAAGUCAUUCAAGAAAGAUUCUUCUUUCUCAUCUGGAGCUCAAUGUCAAAAGCAUAGCUGAAUAGGCGAUGCUAUUUUGAUCCAGGCAAUCUAAUCUAACCUAAUUCAGAAACAUAUAAAAAAAACAUUGGUUGCAUUUGGGACCAAGUAAAGUGGUGAGAUUAGGCGGAAUAUUCUUCAUGUUCAGCCACAAUUUUCCUAAAUCCCACAUGUAACUGAAGGUAUUACUGUCAUUCUCCCUUGACAUUUUAUUUCAAAUUAUCCAGCCCAGUGUGAUAAGCUCACAAUAUAAUGACAAACAUACCAAUCGUAGUAAUACUGACUUUCAAUAUGGAUGACAAAUACGAUUUUUAAAAUUUGUUUUCAACUACAAAAAAAUGGAAGCAAGUCACCUAUUAUGGCUAUUUGCUGAAAGGCGCUGAACAGGAAGCAGUUAAUACGUUUUCUGUCUGUGGUGAGCAAAAGGCUGAAAUAACAACGUUUCGGCAUAUUUUCGCAAUGAGAGAAUUAAUAUUACUACUAAGAAAACUAACACAGAUGUCGUUUACCAGAUCAAUGACGUCACGAUGUCAACUUGUGAAGCUUUAUCAUACACACCGCUAUAGAUCCGUUCUUCCAAUGCUACUAUUCAACAUUACAAGUUGAACGAAACAGCUAGAUGAAAAUGUUCAUGACUUAAUGCAGACUGACGUUUUUCUCUUUAUGAGUUGAUCUUGACUGACGUCUAGUGGUCAAACCCAGAAUUGCAUCCAGCUAUUUUUCGUCUCACAGUUCGAACCGUUUUUUUUUCUUCAGUGUUUCCAUCCUCUUCACUCACCUCGAACAUCCUCAUUUUAUCACGUGUCAUUUCACUUGAUAACCGAAUAGUUUUGUAAAUGAGUGAGAAAGCGAUAAUAAAAUCUGUCUCCAGGAAGCUACUCUGGAUUAUUAUUUUUUAUUAUAUUAUACAGUACUACUAUACGACAUUAUUCAUU